AUGGCUAAAAAUUCGGCAUUGCUAGUCUCCACUUCCCGGUUCUGGUUUAACUACAGACAUGCGGCAAAUGUGCUUUCAGUAUACUAUAUUUUGAAAAAAUUUGGGUAUUCCGACGAUAGGAUUCUUCUGAUGUUGUCAGACGAUAUCCCGUGCAACUCGAGAAACAAAGAGCCGGGGUGUGUGUAUAACCAUUACAACCGAAACGCCGAUCUAUUUGACGAUGCGCCUGAGGUCGAUUAUAGCGGGGACCAGGUGACGCUUGAUUCGUUCCUCUCUGUGCUCAAAGAUAGCUUUGAUACGAACACCCCGCUUUCCAAAAGAUUGGUAGCAGAUGAGAAUACGGACUUGCUAAUUUAUUUGACCGGCCACGGCGGUGAGGGGUUUUUGAAGUUCCAAGAUUCCCACGAAAUUACGGCUAACGAGCUUGCAGAUGCCAUUCUGCACAUGUACACCAAUAGGAGAUUUAAGUCCGUACUGCUGAUCAUCGAUACAUGCCAGGCCGAAUCGAUGACUCGGCUGAUAUCGGCUCCCCAAGUGAUCAGCAUCACCAGCAGCAAAAUCGGCGAGUCCUCAUACUCGCACCAUGUUGACAGCCUGCUGGGUGUUCCGGUGAUCGAUCGAUUUACCAACCAUUUGCAUUCGUAUCUUUUGAAGUACGUCAAGAACCCCGCAUCCUCGCCCUCGCUGCACGAUUUUGUGGCGUCUUGGGAUGGGGUUGAGUUCCAUUCAACGCCCACAAUUAUGCUCUCCGAUGAGAACAUUGACAUUGAAAAGGUGUCUUAA